CUCCAUCCCUUCUCCCCCUUCUCUCUCUCGGUCUCUUGCUGUGUGGAUAGAUUUCUUGAACCCCAGUUCGUGAUAGUAGAGUUAAUUGCACCACUAAUUCAUUCGCCUCGUGGUUGAUGCAUGCUCUUGGUUGAUUUCUUUAUUGAUUUAAUUGCUUCAUGGAUCUUGAAUGCUUGAUUAACUAGGAAGUUAUUGGGAGAAUUCAGGAACUAUUGCAACAAAUUUGUUUUUCAUAGUUUUCACCUUCAAAAAUUAGAGUAAUCGGGUCACCCUCAGCUGAAGAAUCUAAUGGUAGGGUCGCUUUGGGGGAUGCAGGACUCCUUUGGCAUUCUUUCUCGCUCUCUCCUUUCGAUGGCCUUCGCAAAGGGGAACAUGAGUCGUAGUUUUUAUCGUUCUUUUGUUUGUUUGAUAUCUCCUUCAUCUGUUUCUGGUCUUUCUGAAGCCCGCUCUACAAAUCUCUCGCCUUCUCCGUCCCCCCACCGGCAGCUGCUGGUAAAAUACCUGACAACAGAUUCUUCUCUUGAGUUGAAGGAAUUGACUUAUGCCAAGAAAAUCAGGAGAGUGAUUUUAAAGGCUUGUAAUGAGACGGUCGAGGAUGUUGUUCAAUCACUCCAGAGUGAUCAGUCUUGCUGUAGGGUCCAACUCACACCAAACCUUGUUGAUAGUUUACUUCAUAGGUUUGGAGAUGAUUGGAAGUCUGCUUUGGGUUUCUUCAAGUGGGCUAGUUCCCAGUCAGGGUACAAACAUACUCCAUGUGCUUGCGAUAAGAUGGUGGACAUACUGGGGAAGAUGAAACAGAAGGACCGGAUGUGGGAUUUGGUACACGAGUUGCGUAGUGAGGGUCUUGUUACUCUAGAAACAAUGGCCAAGAUCAUGAGAAGACUUGCAGGUGCCGGGAGAUGGAAGGAGGCUGUGAAGUUGUUUGAUGAUUUAGAGACUAUGGGCUUUGAUAAGGACACUAGAUCCAUGAAUAUUUUGCUUGACACUCUUUGCAAAGAGAAGAGAGUUGAGGUUGCUCGUGAAGCUUUUUUAGUGCUCAAGUCUCACAUCCCUCCUGAUGCUUUCACAUUUAACAUUUUUGUCCAUGGAUGGUGCAAUGCACGUAGGAUUGAUGAGGCUAUGUGGACAGUGCAGGAGAUGAAAAACUGGGGACUUCGACCUUCAGUAAUUACAUACUCGACUAUUCUGCAAGCUUACUGUAACCAACAUAAAUUUCAGGAGGUUUAUGACCUCCUUGAUAGAAUGGUUGCCGAAGGUUGCCCUCCAAAUGUUGUCACUUACACCAUUUUUAUGAAUUCUCUUGCUAACUCAGGGAAGCUUGAAGAAGCAUUGGAUAUAGUGAAGAGAAUGAAGUUAUCUGGUUGUAAACCUGAUUUACUUUUUUACAACUCUUUGAUCAACAUUCUAGGAAAAGCAGGUCGACUGCAUGAGGCUGCUCACAUCUUUGAUGUAGAUAUGCAAACGAAUGGGAUCAGGCAUAAUCUGUCGACUUACAAUACAAUGAUAUCAAUUUUUUGCCACCACUGCCAAGAGCAAAAUGCUUUAAAUGUGUUGAAGGAGAUGGAAAAUUUGUCAUGUAAGCCUGAUCUUCAAACUUACAGGCCAUUGCUCAAAUUAUGCUUCAAACUGAGACAGCGAGAUGACCACAUACACAGUUUGUUGAGUGAUAUCAUCAAUAAACAUCAUUUGAGUUUAGAUCUUGAUACAUACACGCUUCUGAUUCAUGGGUUGUGUAGUGUAGGUAACAUCGUGUGGGCAUGUCUUCUCUUUGAUGAGAUGAUAGGACGAGAGAUACAGCCUAGGAAUCGAACAUGUGAGCUGCUUAUGGAUGAAGCUGCACAAAAAAAUAUGGAAGCAGCUGUAGAGAGGAUCAAAACUAUUAUGAAGCAAAUUGACCAUACCCCUUAAUAUGUGUGUAUGUGUGUGAUUGUUCAUUUUGUACUAUGGCAAUUGGUGGGUAAAUGUUAUAUGCAUUUUUUUCCCCUUAUAAUUCCUGAAUACUGUACACUUAAUCCCGCAAGUAUAUUCUGGAAGUUGUUUUUAUUA